UUAUCAAAAGCGUUGAUAAAUAAAAGGAGGCUAACAAUCAACGGCAUGUCACCAAUGGCUCCUCUUGCAGCUCAGAGGUUGAAAGGUAAGGUUGCAAUCAUAACAGGGGGAGCAAGUGGGUUUGGAAAGACCACAGCAAAAUUAUUUGUCCAACACGGCGCCAAAGUCGUAGUCGGGGAUGUUCAAGAUGAGCAAGGCCUUUCCUUGUGCAAUGAAAUAAUUGCUUCUAACAACAACGACAACGUCAACAACAACGAUCAUGGAGAUAUAAUAAACCUUGUUCAUUGCAACGUAUCCGAUGACAACGAUGUAAAAAAUCUCAUUGAUCACACCAUCACUAAGCACGGAAAACUCGACAUCAUGUUUAAUAACGCUUGUACAUUAGGAGACCCAAUCCCAUCUAUUCUAACUUCCACCAAUGAAAAUUUUAAAAGCGUGUUUGAAAAUUCUAAGCAUGCCGCAAGGGUGAUGAUUCCGGCUAAGUCCGGUGUCAUUCUCUUUACGGCUAGCAUUGCAUCAGUGAUGGGUUUCGAGACAACUCAUGCAUACACCAUGUCAAAGCACGCUAUAAUUGGUUUAAUGAAAAACUUGUGUGUAGAAAUGGGGCAAUAUGGCAUUAGAGUGAAUGCGAUAUCACCGCCUGUUGUUUCUACGCCGUUAAUGAUGAAUGCAUUAGGGAUGGAUAAGGAGAAGGUCGACGAAAUAAAUAAAGAAUCUUAUGUGCUCAAAGGGGCUACACCAGAGCCCUUGGGUGUUGCUAACGCAGCAUUGUUUUUGGCAAGUGAUGAAGUUAAGUUUGUGAGUGGUGCUAAUCUUUUCGUUGACGGUGGUUAUACUAUCACUAAUCCAUCUUUCACCAUGGCUCUCAAUAAAUAUUCUGAGGAGAUUAUUAAAGCUUAUCUAAUAGAGCCUUUUGUGUUAGGGCUUGUGCUGAUAAGGUUGAAAGGUAAGGUAGCUAUCAUAACCGGAGGAGCAAGUGGAUUAGGAAAGGCGACAGCAAAACUCUUUGUCCAACAUGACGCCAAAGUUGUGGUCGGAGAUGUCCAAGAUGAGCAAGGACUAUCCUUGCGCAAUGAAAUAAUUGCAUCCACCAACGACAUCGAUCAUGAAAACAUAAUCACUUACAUUCAUUGUAAUGUUUCCGACGACAAUGAUGUCAAAAAUCUCAUUGAUCUCACCAUCUCUAAACACGGAAAACUCGACAUCAUGUUCAACAACGCUGGUAUUUACGGAGACACAACCCCAUCUAUUUUAGAUACCACAAAUGAGAAUUUUAAAAGCGUGUUUGAAACAAACGUGUAUGGUGGCUUCUUAGGAGCUAAGCACGCCGCGAGGGUGAUGAUUCCGGCUAAGUCCGGUGUCAUUCUCUUUACGGCUAGCAUUGCAUCAAUGAUGGCUCUCGAUGCACCUCAUGCAUACACUAUGUCGAAGCACGCAAUCAUUGGUUUGAUGAAGAGCUUGUGCGUUGAAAUGGGACAAUAUGGCAUUAGGGUGAAUGCAAUAUCGCCUUGUGCUGUCUCUACGCCAUUAGCAACGAAUGCAUUGGGGAUGGAUAAGGAGACGGUCGACGAAAUAAUUUGUGAAUCUUAUGCGUUCAAAGGGGUUAAACCAGAGCCCUUGGAUGUUGCUAAUGCAGCAUUGUUUUUGGCAAGUGAUGAGGCUAAAUUUGUGAGUGGUGCUAAUUUUGUAGUUGAUGGUGGGUAUACUAUCACUAAUCCAUCUUUUUCCUUGGCUCUCACUCGACAUUCUGUAUGAUCUUAAAAAAGGUCAAGUAGAACAUUGGCCCAAAGAAAAAAGGUGUUUAAGAAAAUCACAAAAUUGAUGCAUGUUUAGAUAUUGCUCGAUACCGCACUAGCCGCUAGCUGAUAUAGUAGUGGACCAUGUAUUGGAAGUUUAGAACCAACUGUACAAUGUAAUUAUUAAGGCCUAUUGUAGCUAGCAAAAUGUUGGUGAACCAUGGCGAAAUAUAGUAAUCCCCCCUUUUUAAAAUAAAUGAUCAAUUGAAAUAGACACAUAGUUUUAGACAAAUUUUUAUAAUUGAUUUAAAUAAAAUUAUGUGUAAGUUGGGUAUUGUUAUCUAUUAAAUAUUCUAAU